CGCGCAUCGGUCUCACACCUGAACACACGCGCUCGGGGGUACCGGUGCAUUGCCCAUGCCUCUACCUCUACCUCAGCAGUAUGCAGUCGUCACUGUUCGCCGUGGGUCACAGUUUCGGUCUCCCGACGCCCGUCUCCUCCGUGUGGAAGCCGUCCGCGGACGCGCCGCUCGCGCUGCUGCUCUCCAACUGGUCCGCGCCUGACAGAGCCAACGGCACCGCGGACGCGCUGGAGCACCGGCGGCGCGCGCUGUCCUACGGCCAGUUCUCGCAGAGCUCCGCGGUGCUCGUGACCGCGCUCAUGACGCUCCUGGUGUUCGCCACCGUGCUCGGGAAUGCGCUCGUCAUCCUGGCGUUCGUGGUGGAGAAAAGUUUACGCACCCAGGGCAACUUUUUCUUCCUUAAUCUGGCCAUAGCGGACUUUCUGGUCGGUGGGUUCUGCAUCCCGGUGUAUAUCCCUUACGUGCUGACGGGGGAAUGGAGGCUGGGCAGAGGUUUGUGUAAGCUGUGGCUUGUGGUGGACUACAUGCUGUGUACGGCAUCAGUGUUCAACAUCGUGCUCAUCAGCUUCGACAGGUUCCUCUCCGUCACCAGAGCCGUGAGCUACCGGUGCCAAAAGGGCGUGACCCGCGAGUCGGUACUGAAGAUGCUGUGCGUCUGGUUGGCCGCGUUCCUGCUCUACGGCCCGGCCAUCAUCAGCUGGGAACACAUCGCUGGGAAGAGUGUGGUUCCUCAUGGCGAGUGCUACGCCGAGUUCUACUUCAACUGGUACUUCCUGAUGACCGCCUCCACUGUAGAGUUCUUCACGCCUUUUAUAAGCGUCACCUACUUCAACCUCAGCAUCUACAUCAACAUUCGGAACCGCUGUGUGCUCAGAGAAGAGCGCUCCACCUGCGCUCACCUCAGGAGCGGGAGAACCAGAGAAGCCAAGCCGUUCUGCACCACAGAUGUCCAGCGUGUGUUUUUCGUCAGGCCGGCUGAAGAGAGCAGUGUUGUCGAGAACUCAUCGAGGUCUCGGUGUUGUCGUUUGUCUACAGCUACGGUGUCAGGAACCGAUUCGGAAAACGCCGGACGGACAACAAAGAGGAAAAUGAGCACCAUUCCGGACCUUCCACCUCUGCAGGUUGGGGACAUGGGGAACGAGACGGGUUUUAACUGCACCGGACAUUUGUGCGGAUCCCACAGGAACCGAGUGGACGUUUCGUCGAGUCUUGCCAGUCGCUUUCGGCUCUCAAGGGACAAAAAGGUGGCCAAGUCUCUGGCAGUGAUCGUGUGUGUGUUCGGCCUGUGCUGGGCUCCGUACACGCUCCUGAUGAUCAUCCGAGCCGCCUGCCACGGCCAGUGCGUUCAGCACUACCUGUACGAGAUCUCCUUCUGGCUUCUGUGGAUUAACUCGUCCAUCAAUCCCGUGCUCUAUCCGCUCUGCCACACCAGCUUCCGGAGGGCUUUCAGUAAACUGCUGUGUCCCAGUAAAAUAAAGAUCCAGCCGCAGUACAUGGACCAAAAGUACUAAAAGCAUUGAGAUGUGUCAGGUGUCCAUUUGUGCAGGUGAUGUUCAUGUCAGUAAUCUCUAUCAGUAUCGGAUUGAUGUAAAAGCUGUAGUACUGAUUGAACUUCUGUGUAUCCAUCGUGUCAUUUCGAGGUUUUUAGGUGAACAUGAAAAUCUCCAGUGUGGUGCAACUGAGUAGAGUUUCACAUAAGCAGUACUACAGGCAUCAAGAGUCAGCGUUAUGACAUCAUAGGACAUACAGCUGUGUAACAACAUACUCGGAGAUCACUAACAAUCCGAAAGUGUAGAUUAGGGGAAAAAAAGGAAAACAAUACAAUAACGUAACCCUUUAGAUUGUCUGAAGUUACAGUCGAAAGCAUGUUUCAUGGGGCAAAAAGUUUUUACUCUAUUUUGUACUUGAAAAUACCCUAAAACAUCAGAGCAGCAGAGAGGAUUCUCGAGCUGUUCGUGAGUAUAUCUGUGUAUCGCAUGUAAACAAUGUGCAUCAUUUAGAGUCACUUGUUCUCCAUGACUAAGAUCCUGUUAUUAUCUUAACAAUGGACCAUUUUUGUUACUUGUGAUAAAAAAGAAACAUCU